CAUUGUACCCUGUCAAAGGGUUGAGACCAUCAUCGCUGCGCAAAUCAUCUUCCGCCAGCAGCAGCAGCAUCACCAACGCCUGCCCCCCGCCGCCGCCCACGCCGCACCAAGUGAACCCCGCCAGCAGCAGCAGCACUCCGCCCCACUCCCAUCCGCAUCAUCACCCGCUGCAUCACCAUCCACAUCCGCAUCCGCAUCCACAUCCGCAGUACCAGAACCACAGCCAGAACCACCAGCACCGGCGAAGCAGCAGCCAGUCCAGUCACACCAGCCACGCGGAUAACUCGAGCGGCUUGGCCACCAAACCGGCCAUCAAUUUGCUCGGCAACCAGCUGCAGACCAACUACUUUGAGUACCCGCCCAUCGCAAUCGCUCCUGGCCAGGCUUUGUUGCACCACCGCAGCGCUCGCACCGCAGUCUCCACACCUUCGCUGAACUCGCAGCAGCUUCAGCAGCAGCAGCAGCAGCAGCAGCAUCACCAAAGCCCAGUCGGUGGCCAGUACAGUUCGGCCGUUGCCAAAGCGGCUGCCUCCACCGCCUGUGCGCUCCUCGCCACGUGCCACGUGUCCAGAGAUUCCGAGUUCGAUUGCGAUUGCGAUUGCCAGCAGCACCUCAAACAGAACCAGAACCAGAUCCAGAUCCAGAACCAGACCCAGCAUCACCAGCACCAAAUCCCGGAGGACCAACAGCCGACCGCAAGCAAAAUGGGUCGACGCGAGAUAAAGCGCUCCAAUACCAGUGGCUCCACCACCAGAUCCUACGACAGCGGCAGCGCAACAACAAACUUUGUCGGUAAGUUCACGCAGAGUGUGCGGCGAAUCGUGCAGGAUGUGAAGGACGAAGGGGCGCCCAGCGGCAUGACGCGGGACGAGGUGAUCGAGACGAACGAGCGCCUGCGAUCCCUGCGGCUGCGCCUGGAGGAGUCCUACGAAACGGCCAAGAAGGCGCUGAUCAACCUCAUGAACAAGUACGGCGACUCGAAGAGCCAACGCAACAUUUUCCAGCGCUAUCCCAUGCUCAAGCUGAUGAUUAAGGAAGUCAUCCGCCUGGAGACCCAGUACUGGACUCUGGUGGACAUCCCGCGGCAGGAGAAGCAGGAGACGGUGCCGUCCUACGUGAUGCGGGCCUGCUCGAUUAUGGAGAAGACGCAGAAGUCCGGCGAGGGUGUGAAGACCUCCGCCCGACUGGCUGAGGAGGCGGCCGAGCGACGGGAGCGCAUGGAGCGAUUAGAACAUAUGACAACUGCCCAAAUCGAGCACGAGAAUACGCAGCUGAUAAACGACUUGUACCGCUUGCUGAAAAAGUAUCUGGGACUGCGACACCUCAUCCGUGUGCUGAAGGUGAUACGGCAGCUCGAAGAUGUAUCCCAUAUUUCCACGCUACACAAUGCUAAAGGACAUGAUAAAAGGAAUCAUGCACGAUCCCGACUACAUGGAGGUGUGCCACGAGACGCUGGCCAACGCCAACUGAGCCGAGGGCACCGGAAAUGGCAGGCGUCGCAUGAGUGUCAUUUGAGAGGGCCCAAAAACUAAUAGCAAUACCAAUACUAACAGCAGCAUACACAGGCGCAGGACCUAGGACCGCGCCAAGUGUAUACAUAUGUGCGCUGAAUUCGCAUGCGAAUUUCUGAAGAAUUCCGGAGUGAUUUACAAAUUUCCGAACAUCUUCUUCGAAACUCCUCCUCAGCGGAGGAUGUGGGUUUCACAAACCUCCUUCGGCCCUUCUAGCCAACACUCAAAGGCAAGCAAAGACAAACUAAUCAACCAACUAACAAACUAACUAACAAUACCCAGACCCCACCACCAACCACCACCAACUGAACAAGGAACUAUUUACACUACAUUAUCAGAUACAAACACUUGGAUACUCUUCGGCACUAAAGUGCCAGCAAACAAACUAAAAGGCAUUUAUUUUAAUGAACUUUUGAGAUGAAUACAAAGUAAAACCUACAAAAUACAAAAACAAAACACAAGAUAUUUAUUGAUAAAAUAGUGAACGAAAUAUCAAAUGAUAAAUAAAACACAACUUUGUGUAAUUUGUAUGUACUUCUUACAAUAACCUAAGCCUAGUAAAAUAUAGAACAAGAAAUAUAUUUGUGAAAUAACCAAACUAAACUGCAGCAGUUGAUAGGGAGCUAAUAAUUCUUUGGUUUGGCUUGACUUUGCCACCUUUAAGUUUUCAUUGAAGUAAAGAACUGGUCGAUUAGCCGCUAGCAAAAUAUUAUACUAAUUACCGAAGUGUAUCAAAUUAUAUUAAAUAGACCUCACGCCUAGAUGUAUUACUUACCUAGUUAGACAAUAUGAGGGAAUUAUUCCCAAUCAAUGUGAGCAAAUACGAGAACUCUUAACACCUUUUAAGACAACACCAAUUCGUGGAGACGUUGAGAAACCCAUAUCCUAGAAUCUAACUGAUUGUUGAUUUCCUGUUUUGCCAGUAACUAUUAGUAACAAGAAAAUGCUUUAUGUGUGUAUCGAAACGUUCAGCUUUAAGUCCUCUGCUACGCGCAAGCAAGCCGAAAUUACAAUGCGUAUUUCAUAAGUUCUGCUAAGAUGUAUUCAUGUAUUUGUUGUUGUACAUACAGCUUUGCAAUCCCUCAACUGCAUUCACUCAAAUACAAAAGACCAAAGGAAAACCUAGACGAGCUUACAACUUUUUACAAGAGCUAGAAGCCCACAAUUUCCGUUUAUGUUAGUUUCGAUAGAAACUCUAUUUUAUUUACUACACCCUUAAACGCCGGGGAACGAAAAUGGCAGAAAUGACAUGACCCUUUCUACUGCUAUAACUCUACCGACACACCCACCGAUACACAAAGGAUAACACUGGCAGUGCAUACUUAUCUGUACAUAAGCAAAUCAGAAACAGGUUUGGAUAGCCGCAGCUAUCAAUGAAAGUGCAAUUGAGUGCAUAAAUUAGUCCAACAAUUGUUUGCCUGUCUAUUGAACGCUUCACGGCUUUCAAUUGCCGGUUAAUUUUCCACUAACACUUACUUGGCGUCCCACCAAUGUUUCCGAAACUAUAUAUUAUUUAUCUGCCUACCUCCCCCAGCGUUUUAUAUCACGUAGACAUAUGGUAACGAUAGCCUUUCAACAACAACAAAAAUAAAACUGCAUCAGCGGAAUAAUACUCAUCAUAGAUAAAUCAAAAUAGAUAAUUGAAUGUUGGAGAAGUAAAUAAAUUAUGCAAAUCCAUAUUAUAAAGUGAAUUAAUGAAAAUUAAUUUAGAUUUUUAAGACUAAGCGAUGAGUUCUGUUGUUUACGUAGUUAAAUGUUGAGCAUUAAAUUUGAAUUAAAAAAAUGUUUGUCGCAAUUUACAUAUAAAGAUGGGAUACAAAAGAAUCAAAACAUAUAACACAAAAAUAGAUAAUUUACAACUAUGCAAUUAUAGCUAAACUAACUAAAACUAAAAUGUAAUGAUCAGGUAUUAAAGUUUUGAAGUUUAAUCAAAAUAAAUUAACAGAUGUGUGCAUGUAAGUGUGUGAAUGUGGCAAAUACAAUCUAAUUGCAAUAGAUAAUACACAAUGGAACAGUUGGGGCAAUAUUGCUGUAUACCUACGGAGUCAAACAUAAACACAAUAGUUAUAUAUGGUAAUGGUAUUCGUAUUAUUAUACAACUUAUACACGAUAAACAACAUAUACACGUGUAGCCGUACUUAUAGAUACAGACCCACAUGAGGAAACAUGAGCGGUCGGUAUUCCUACAAACAAAAAACUUCGUACAAUUUUACCUUUUCAACAUCUCAGUGUCUAACAAAAAGCAUUAAAUGUGUUUCCGCAAGGAAAGUUACCAUUAUAUUGGAUGUAUAAGUAAAAAUAUGUGUCAAGACACUCAAUAAUAUGAGGAAAUCCAUAAAUACAUUGAUAUG